UUUGGAAAUCACAAGAUAAAUAAAACCCUCCUUGGUGCCCAUUGCCCACAUACUGUACCUGUACAAUUGUGUGCCACAAGUGGGUCUUGGGCCAAUAUACAACAAAAGACCACACUUCAGUUUUGAUAUUUCAUAUGUUAAGUCUGACACUCAGAUAUGUGUUGUCUUCACUGAUGGAAAGACUGUCAUGUUUUGCUGGCAGCUCUGAGGUUUUAUUACUAAGAUACAUAACGGUGAUACGUAAUAGACGUGAUGCAGUGGCCGUUUCUAGCGUCAGACUCGUACUGCUUUUUAUUCAUUAUACCAUCCAAAGCAAAUAAACUGCACUUCAUGCUACAUAAAAUGCCAGUGUCAUUUCAUCCAAGUCAGUAAGCUUUUAAUAACCCAGGGUAAAUCUAUGCCUGUACUGGACCUAUGCCGUAUUUUUCUUUCCACGAGAGGGCGCCAAAGGCCAAAAAUGUGUUAACUAGGAAAACUGUAUAUAAAUAAGGACUUCUUAAAGGACUAAUAAACAUGUAGCAUGCACUUCUGUCUAAACUGUGCACUGUGUAUUACAAAUACUGAAAAGUUCCAUCCAUAACACUGAAUCAAAUUAUUAUUAAUGUAUUUCCUGUUUCUGUGAAGGUGGUACAUUGAGCAGUCAAACUUGUUACAGUCGGUGUGUGAACCUAUGUGUUUUGUCUAAACGGGGGCUCAGCAGUCAUCCAGUCAAAUCAAUCAAACCACUGCCAGUCCCUUUCACCCCACACACGCGGGGCGUGGCGCGGUCCCUGCCGGGAGGAGCCGGGGGCUGGCGGGGGGUUCAUUUCUCCCACACACAAAGGAGAGGAAACAAAACAAAGCCAGGAAGCCUGACAUGAACCCGGAGUUCACUGCGUCUACUGUAGCCUGCUCUCAUCCAGAAAACAGAAGCGUUGACUUGCCUGUGCCUGCUUUUUUUUGUUUUUUUUUUACCAGUACCUUCCCUCUCCUCCGCCCUAUUCUGCCGCUGGGAGAGAAGAAAUUAGCACCUCGAAAGUGUACGCGCAUUUUGAGAGAGAUUCUUGGAUUCAUGUGCUGAGUCAGCUGACCCCCCCCCACCCCCCCUCUGUCGUGAUGAACGGGAGUCAAUGCAGCGCGGCGGACAGUCCGGUGGUCGGUGUCCCGUCCUCAGUGGAGGGUCUGCCGCCGCUGCCCAAAGGCCUGAGCGGCAUCCUGAACUCCAGCGGCGGCUCGUGGCGGGACAUCGAGAAGGUACACAGCAAGAGAGCGCGCAUCCAGGCCGACAUCAGCAGGGGAGGCGUGGACGCGCCGCACGUCAACAGCAAGCCUUGCGGACUGGACGCCGCUUUGGCUUUACUGCGGAAAGAGAUGGUGGGUCUGCGCCAGCUUGACAUGUCUCUGCUGUGCCAGCUGUGGUCUCUCCAAGAGGCGAUCCAGGACUACAGGGGCUCCUCGCUUCUGUCUGAGGCCUCUUUAAGUGCUUAUAACGGGGAUUCUGAAGAGGAGGAGGAAGAUGAGGAGGAUAGAGGAGUUCUCUUACAGCCGCCAUCCUCCUUGUCUGUGCCCCAAGCCAUCAGCAACUCCAGGGACCAGUGGAUCAAGGACUCCUUUCAUAUCCCCUGAUAAUACAUACAGUCAUAUGCACCAUGCUGCAGCAACGUGAUUAUAGUGUCCAAAAUUGGAUAUCUAUUUCUUGACUUUUUAGCCCAUGUGCUCUAGUUUAUAUUCUAUUUUUCUCUCAUCCGUAUUUAUUCUUUCAGCACAACUUCUUACUGGUUAUCUUUUGAUUUGAACACUUAAAUGCAAAAUCAGUGCCCGGUUUAUAAAAGUCAUCUUUCAUUUGCUUGACAUUUGAGGUUUGAAGAAGAUUACAAGAUUUCAUAUGUGGCCUUUUCAGAAGCAACCAUUUUUAUUUUCAAGUCUUUGCUCCACUGGAUCUUUUUGUUGUUCUACUUGGGUUUUUUUUUUUUACACUCCAGCUAUGUAAUGGUUGGCAGAGGAUGUAAAGUAAGUAGUUAAACUCUACCUGUUGAUAUAUAGUUUUGUGGUAUGUCAAAGGACAGAAAAUCAUUUGCUCUUAAUACAAGCUGUUAACUGUGUGCUCAUUACCAUCUAAACUUAUUUCUCUGUGCAGCAGAGAUGGUUUAAAAAAUCUAGUUCUUAGUAUUAGAACAAAAGUACCCACUGCCACAAACCUGUACUAAUCUAUAUGUGUAUACUUGAAUUAAAGGCAAUAGAAGGAUUCUACUGCAGAGCAUGACCAACAGGGGGCACACUGUUUCCAGUGGAGCGCUCCCUCCUUCACCCCUUAAGACCGCCUUCUCCUCUGCGGUCCUGUUUGAAGCAGUCCAGUGGGGGAAAACCAUUUGCUGUGGAGGUAGCAGGAAUGAAGGGGGUCGACUAGUGUGUGGACAGUCUCAUGCUGUUCUCUAUUUAUAAUGAACACAUGUUGGGGUUAUUGUUAGAAUCUCUCUGGCGGUCUAGCAGAGAUAAACUGCAUGUGUUUGUUAGCUCUUCAUUUAAUGAUCAUGUUUUUGUGAAUUUGUAUUUAUAAGUGACAGACAGUUUUAUACAUGUCUUCUCUGCCUCGCUUUUCUUUUCUUUGUUGUCAUCUUUUGUAUAUGGCUGUUAUUAUCACACCACACUGUUACUUCGGGUAGGGCAAUUGUGCACUACAGUGAGUGAUUAUUAAAAUAAGUAGAGGUUAGACUGGAGGUAAGCACUGUUGGUGCCAUCAGGCAUAGCUGGGAAAGCCAAUGAUGUGUUUAAGGGCGGAGGUUGCAAUAGAGUUUACUGAGGUCUGGAAUACAGAAAAAUAAUGAUUCAGAUGUAAAUAUUUACUCAUAACCAAUGUUGUAACUAAUCAUUUAUUGUCUGAAGACCAUACAGUAAAGACUCUGCAACCGACAGCCAACUUUUUUAAGUUUCCUGUGUAACCAGCGAUUAGCAAGGAAAGACUUUCAGCCACUCAUUUGUUUUCUGCUUUCACUCUUCAGCCUGACAAGCGACUUAAGAAACCUAGAAUGGAACAGGAGUUGAGUGAUUCUUAUUAAAGCAGACUGCCAGCUGAACUUGAAUGAAGAUAUCUGUUUAUUAAAUUAAAUACAACUCAGUCGCUGAC